UUUGCUGGCCCAUCUCGGCCGCUACAACCUCACGCACACUCAGUCCUGAGUCAGAGAGUGCCGUGUUAACAACUGAUCUAAUAAAUAUGGAGUUCCGUAAGUUCAUUCAGUACAUCCUAGUGGCGAGCCUUGCCCUGAGCGCCCAGGCGGCCCCGCUGGGGGAUAUCGUCGUCGAGCUCACGGACGGCUUCUCAGGCCGCGUCACCAUCAUAGGGGACGCUCUCCGCAACAUCUCUGACCUCACCGUGGACGGGAUCUCUGAUGUUCAGAAGGAGAUAAACGACCUGCUGGAGGACCAGCUCAACCAUCGCGUGGACGACGUCGAGGAGCUCAACGAGGCGGUGGGCGACGUGGCGAGAGAGACCGUCCAGGGUAUCAAGGAUACCGCCAACGCCGUGGAGGGAUACGUUGACGACUCCUUGAAGGAUGCUGGACGUUUUGCUGACAAAACUUCCCAGUCUGGCAUCAACGGCUUGGUAGACGCUGCGGAGGUGACCAGCAACAUGGCGCGUGAUGUUGCCACGACUUUCGUUAAAGUCUGGCAAGAUACUGGCGACGCAAUGCAAGAAUAUGCUGGCAAGAUGGCUGACAAUUCCAUACAAUUAGCUCGUGAUGCUGGAAGUGUGUGGCGAACUGUUGCCAGGAAUGCUGUCAAUGCCCUCACCAAGUAUGAUGGAAACAGAGGCAACUAACCUCUACAGCAGAAGAUAUGUAGGAACUUGAUCGAAAGUUAUUAUUAUUCGAUAACGCGACGAUUAGCACCAUGUUGCAAGUGAUUCAAUCUAUGGUAGAAGAAAUAUUAUACAUCCCAAUUUUAAAUAUCAGAAAACCAACUGACUUUUCGUCAAAUUUCCGAGAUUAAAUUUUGUUAGGCUCUUUAGAUAAUUUCUAAUUAUCCACAUUCUUUUAAAUGCAUUUAUAUGUACUACGCUGAGCGCUUUGUUCCUAUGUAUGAUAAAAUAAUUGUUUAUUCAUAUUUCAAUUGAAGAUACAUUUUAGAAUUGCUAUAAUCCAGAAAGUCAAUUGACGGUAAAUAUGAAUGUAAGUGACAGGCUUUCAAGCCUAAAGGAAAAAUUACUGGUUUCAAGUUGGCACUGAUAUUAAUUGAAGUUCAAAACAGAUUGCACGAAACUGACAAUUUUUGUUUAUUAAUCUUAAUCAAGUUGUAAAAAUUGUUGUAUAAAUCAAUGUCAAUCGGGUUACUUCCUUUAUUCUUUACAAAUAAAAUUUCUUGGUUUUU